AUGACUCACGACGAAGAUUAUGACUAUCUUUACAAAAUAGUGCUAGUAGGCGACACAAAUGUAGGGAAAACCAAUUUAGUAUCUCGCUACAUCAAAAACUCUCUCCCAAAAAAUUCCAAUCCUACCAUUGGAGUCGAAUUUGCUACUCGUGUAGUGUCUCUCCCAUCUGGAGUCACCAUCAAAGCUCAAAUAUGGGACACAGCUGGUCAAGAAAGAUAUCAUGCAAUCGUAUCAGCCCAUUACAGAAGAGCAAUUGGUGCUCUUUUAGUUUACGACGUAACAAAUUCUAAAUCCUUUGAAAAUGCUCAAAAAUGAAUACAAGAGCUUAAAUCCAAAGCGGUUUCUUCAUAUGACACCUAUUUUUUUCCCUAUUUUUUUGACCUAUUUUUUUGACCUAUUAUUUUGACCUAUGUUUUGGGCUUUUUUUGCGUAUUUUUUUUGCUAAAAAUUUUAUAAUUUAACUUUUGUCAAAGCAAAUUGACCAAAAAAGUUCAAAAAUUUUAACUCCCCCCCAUCCCUAAAAAUUGGGGAAAUUAACCCCCAUCCUUGAUCGAACGAUUUUCAUAUCAUGCAAAUUUUUAUAUAUAUAAAAAUAUAUUAGUUAUCAAAAGCUUAGGAAGAUGCACCUAAUGAAGUUGUUCUCAGAGACUUUGAGACGAAAAAAAGCUUUGGAAUCAACCAUACGAAGUGGUUUAGUCAUCAACCUGGGCUUAAAAACUUAAUAAUCUAAUAAAAUAUAGAUUCUUUAAAAUUUUUUAAAAAAAAUUUAAUUUAAUAAGAAACAAAUUAAAAUUUAUACAGUUUAAAGGGGUAACUAAUAAAUCAAAAUAUUAAAAAUUGGUAUUUUUUUAUAAAAUUAAUUCAAUUUUUUGCUGUAAAAAUAAUUAUUAAAUUUCUUAACCCUCUUAUUUAAAAGUAAAUAAAAACAAUAUAUAUAUAUUUUUUUAUUUAUAUAUAAAAAUUUUUUUCCCAAAAAAUUUUUUUUAACCCCCAUCCUUGAUCGAACGAUGGCGAGUCGUUCGAUCAAGGAUGGGGGGGGGGGGAGUAAGGAAAAAAUAAAUAGAUCAAAAAAAAUAGGCUAUAAAAAAGGCCAAAAUAAAUAUGCCCAAAAAAAUAGUUAAAUUCGGCAAAAAAACCUUAUCGCUAUGAAAUAAUCGUCAUGUAAAGACAUGAUCCAAAGCAGAGCCUGAUAUCGUCAUAAUGCUUGUCGGUAACAAGAUAGAUUUAACAGACAGGAGUCCAGAUCUCAAGCAAGUAUCUACAGACCAAGCUAAAAGGUUCGCUCAAUCAGAAGGUCUUCUCCACAUUGAGACCUCAGCCUUAACUUCUGUCCGAGUUAGAGAAGCUUUUGAGUUUUUAUUAGAAGAAAUAAAUAAGUCUAAGAACCAAGGGAUAUCUAAAGAUUCUAAUGAUCAUAUUCGACCUAUCGGCCCUGGCGAAACCAAAAAAUCAUGUUGCUAG